ACUCCCCCAUGAAAUGCAGAGGAAAAUCAUGGCGGCGGCGGAAGGACACAGAGACCGACUUAGCAGUUUGCCUGACUCGGUUCUAAUCCGCAUCGUCUCUCUGUUGCCAAACGGAAAACAAGUUGUGCGAACCAGUCUCCUCUCUAGCUGUGGCGGUCUCUUUGGAUGUCGUGGCAACAACGAAAAGGAUACACUUGAUUACCUUGCUUCUAUCCGCAGAGAACUUUAUUAUUGGAGGUCUUGCCAUAAAAUCAAGUUGUUCAGAGUGCGGGGCCUUACUUACCAGGAUCGUUAUGCUAAAGAUAUCGAUUUAUGGAUACAUUUCGCUACUAAAGUCGCUAAUGUUGAAUGUUUUCAACUUGGAAUUUAUGUAGAUAACUAUGAAAGAUAUGAGAUUCCUCACUUUGCUUAUAAAAAUUCCUUGAGGGAUUUGGCAUUGUCACAUUGUCAAUUAAACCCUAUUGGGAGUGUUAACUGGAGUAGCCUCGUUUCUCUUUCAAUUGGGGAUUUGGAACACACUAAUGGUCAAAUGGAGCAGGUGUUAUCUGGUUGCCCUAAUUUGGAGUGCUUGAAAUUGGAGUGUGUUUUGGGCAUACAUCGUUUGGAAAUCAGCACUGUGAAGCUCAGAGAAUUGUCGGUAGUAAACUAUGAUGAUGACAAUGAUCUUUGGCUCGAAAUAAUAGCCCCACGUAUUGAAACUUUGCACCUUUUUGGACCGUUCACUGAGAUACGCAUCGACCAGAGAAAUGUGGCAUCACUUGUUAAUGCAAGGCUUCAAGGAUUUGAAAGUCAGAAGUCACCUAGCUAUUUGAAGGAACUUCUUCACAGUGUUGCCCAUGUCAAGAAUCUUGAAUUGGGGAGCGGUUGCAUCGAGUGCCUGUCCAUCUUGGAGUUGAGCGGUUGGCGGUUUCCACCAUCAAGCCGGGAAGUCUUAGAACUUAGCGUAGCCUUUGAACAAUUGAACUUCUCUGGAAUUUGCAGCUUUCUUGAGAGCUCAUUGGAUCUUGAGACAUUGGUCAUUAAGUGGGACCACGAAAGUGAAACCGAACUGCUCUCAAAUUUCACAAAUGAGGAUGAACAGACCAGGAGGUUUGAGACACAUCAUUUUAACGGCUCAUUUCCACAUCUGAAGACCAUCAAGUUCCUUAACUUUUAUGGAUCUGUGCUGCCAUUGGUAAAAUAUUUGCUCAAGCAUGCAAUUGUGCUAGAAGAGUUUGUCAUUACUGCUGCAUUCCUAGAGAGUGAUGUGUCUCCGGAUUAUGAUAUAAUGGCACUGGAGUUCCUAAGCUUAACAAGAUCGAUCCUCUCCGCAUGCUAAAGUUAUUUUUUCUUAUUGAUAACCUUGAGCCUCUAUGGUUUGUAUUAAUUGCAACAUACUUAACAUCUGUUGAAACUGCUUUGAGCUGCUAGACAAGGCUUGAAUUGCGCUCGUCAGUAUCCAAGGAGUUAUUAGUAAGUCUUCAUGUCUAAGUGACAGAGUGUUCAUUCUCUAAUUUUCAUGUAAGAAGCAACGGUGUGUUCAUUCUCUAAUUAUCAUUUAAGAAAGCUUUCACUAAUGUUUUAUA